UCAGACCUCUUCACUUUAGUUUCUCAUCAGAUCGCUUCAACCUAUCUUCAGAUCACUAACUUCAGUCCAACCUUGCCUCAGUCUCUCCUCAAAACCAAUUCUCUGUAACACGGGCGCGACUGACACAUUGAUCAGUCCGACCACCUCAACAGUGUCUCAACGACCGUAUAAAUAUGGCGGAAUUGCUUUUAGACUCGGACAUAAGAGUAUGGGUCUUUUUACCCAUUGUACUCAUCACAUUCCUCUGUGGAAUCCUGAGGCAUUAUGUGAGCGUAUUAAUCUCCACACAGAAGAAAGUAGAUCUAACACAACUUCAGGAUAGCCAAGCUAUGAUUCGAUCAAGAAUGCUGCGAGAGAAUGGGAAAUACAUACCUGAACAGUCCUUCCUCAUGCGUCGACAUUUCUUCAAUAAUGAUGAAUCUGGCUACUUAAAGACUGUAAAGCGUGCAUCGGCUCCACAACCUAUGACUGACCCAAAUAUGAUGGUAGAAAUGCUUAAAGGACAAUUAACAAAUAUGCUACCCAUGAUUGCCAUCGGAGGCUGGAUCAACUGGACUUUUUCAGGAUUUGUUACAACUAAAGUGCCCUUCCCACUAACACUGAGAUUCAAGCCCAUGCUGCAGCGAGGCAUUGAACUUGUCUCCUUAGAUGCGUCUUGGGUAUCAUCUGCCUCUUGGUAUUUCCUCAAUGUUUUUGGUCUUCGCUCUAUUUACACCCUUGUUCUUGGGGAGAAUAAUGCUGCUGAUCAGGCUCGCAUAAUGGAAGAACAGAUGUCUGGUGCAGCUAUGGCUAUGCCUCAGGACCCCAAGGCAGCUUUUAAAGCAGAAUGGGAAGCCUUAGAGAUAGCUGAACAUAAGUGGGCUCUCAAGGAUGUUGAGUCAGACCUCCUACAGAAGCAUGAGGUGGAUUGGAUGUUCAAUGCUCAGUCUUAUGGAAAUACCACAUAAUAAGGAUUUGUUAAAGUGACACACGCAGAAUCUGCCCUUAGCAUUUUGGUUGCUGACCUCUCCACAUCUCCAUACGUUGAUGACCAGAAAAUCAUGAUGCAUAUGUUCAAGAAUUCUUUAUGAUUGGUUAUCACAAAGAAAGGAAACACCAUUGCUUGCAUUUAACAGUGUGUAUAGAGAGUAAGUUUGCCUCGAUAAGGAGUGGAAGGAUGUAAAUUCAUGAAGAUAGACCGUGUAAAAAUGAGGGGGGAGUUUACAGGAAAAAACUCGACAAAUAAAAAAUCAGUAAUGUAUACAGGAUACCGUACUCUCAAAUUUGGAGCAUGUAUGGGGGACUACCAGAUGAUACAUUUCAUAUGAGCAUGACACAAAAAAUUACUAUUGGUUUAAAGUUUAACUUCACCAGUGGUGAAUUCAAUAAGGAAUGAUCACAGGAAAUGAAUAAUACUUUGCAAAAACAUUUUAACCUUACACUUAAUACAGCACCUAGAUUGUACAAUUGGUUGCCUGGAUCCAUGAAGCAGCUGACUUCUGUGAAGGCCUUUAAGAAACAACCUCUUUUUUUAUGAAAGCUUAUGAUCCCUAACUGGGUACUGUGAUGCAGGGCUGCCGUUUAAGCCUCAACUGUAUGACGUAAUUUUUCCUCAUGUUUUCUUUUGGUAUUAAUGUCGGUAAUGUCUUGGCAAAAUGAUAUAUUUGGAUAUAUAAUGCCAUUUUCACUGGCCCAUUGGUUUAAUAUAAACAUGCACAUACAAAAACCCUACAACCAUAUAAUAUUAUAACAUAACAUGGGAGCAUUAAACACUAAUUGAACAAAAAAUAUCAAACAGAAGUUAGCAUCCUCUGAUUUGGUGUAAAAUUUAUACAUCCACCCUGGAAUUUCACAGCCUCAGACAAGGCUAUUGAUGAAUUAAUAUAGUCUGGAUUUUUUAUUCAUUAAAAUAAAUUUAGAAAAUUGUCUCCGUGUCAAACUGGGGUUUCCACAGCAGCCAAGGGUCCCAUUUUGAUUUUGCAAGUCACUUAUUACCCACAAUCCAUUUAUACUAUACAUUAUCUGUUGAAAUAUACUAAAGGAAUUGAUGAAAAAGUCACAUAUAUUACUGGAUUUCUAGAACAAUGAGGAAUAUAUUCCUUACAGCGUUUCAGUGAGGACGGGCUUUCCUCAUGACGUCACUGACUGUCAUUUGUUUUCCUCGGCAGACGAUAUUCCUUAAAACUGCAGCCCUGCUGUGAUGGAGAAUUACAAAGUUUAGGAAGUAUUAAAACUUAGGGUACUGUAUAUGAAUGAUAGAAGUCGAACUGUCACUUUUUGUUAUCAUUUAUUGAAGUAAGUAUUUCUUUUAAUUCGCAAGUCUUUGACUUUGUAGUGUUUUGAGCAUUAGUGAGUUCUAUAGAACUGGCAUUUUUAAGAAACAAAAGACCAGCUAUUAUUAUUAUUAUUAUUAUUAUUAUUAUUACGUAUUAAUACUUUAUAUAAUCUCACUUGAGGGUGGAAAUUUGCAGUAACACUUUUCCAAAGGAACACACAAUAUAUUGUUGAGCUGAAAAGUAACUACAGUCAACCCUCACUUUACGCGGUCCCACAUUCCGCGUUUCCACGUUUCCACGGUGCCCUACCAGAACCCAGGAUGCUCACAUUCCGCGGUGGGUGUACCCCUUUACACGGGUGAAGUAUAAU